GACGCGGGACGCGGCGGCACACCGACGCGCGACGGCGAUCGAGCGCGGCGCGAACGGAUCGCGCGCGCGAACGAACGAACGCGCGAACGAACGCGCGCGAGCGUCGGCGAGAGCGCGCGAGAGAGAGAGCGACGCGCGCGCGCCGGUGGGCUCGAACGCGCGCGACUGUUGGAAUUGCGAAACGACGCGUUUUGCGAACGACGCGUUUUGGUCGAGCGCGGCGCGCGUGCGCGCGAUUUGAGGGCGCGCGCGCGCGCGUGAGCGGUGGUGAUGGCGUUCUUGCGGAACGUCGGCGCGUUGCGGCCGACGCUGCGGUUCGCGGCGCUGACGCACGAGUUGAGACCGUUGGUGGAGGGGUUGCGAGGUCUUGGAGUGGGCACCAUUCUCGACUUCGCGCGAGAGCAUCGUCCGACGCGUGAAUCGGCGCACGUGGCGCACGUGAUCGCGGAAAGGAUGAAUGAGUUUCCCUCCGCGAUGCACGCGCUGAAGCUCAGCGCGCUCGGGAGCGAGGAGAACCACGCCACGGCGGAGAGACACGCGAGGAACAUCGCCAGGCGGGCGGCUCAGUUGAAGACUUCGGUGUGUAUCGACGCGGAGGAGAACGCAUUACAUGCGGCUUACUCUCGGACAGCGUUUGAUUUGAUGCGCGAAUAUAACACCUCGCAAAACGACGGGGGCGAGUAUCCGACUGUGUUCAAGACAUACCAAAUGUACCGCGCCGACGCCGUGGACGAGUUGCGCGAAGACAUCGAGCGAUCGAGGGAUCUCGGAUUCACGAUCGGUGCCAAGCUCGUACGCGGCGCGUACCUUCGACUCGAUCGAGAGACAGGAGCGCUGUUACCGAAUAAGGCGUUGGUGGACAAGUCUUACGAACGCGGCUUGGAAAUUGCCCUGCAAAGCGGCAACGACCACGUGACGACGCUCGUGGCCACUAGAAACGUCGCGAACAUUGAUCAAGCGCUGGAGCAUAAAAAUAAAGGACGCGUGCUUUACGCGCAGCUCCUCGGCAUGGACGACGAAACCACGAACCGGCUUUUGGAGCAGGAGGCAAACGUGCUAAAAUACGUGCCUUUUGGUAGAUUCAGCGAGCUCUCGCCGUACCUGUAUCGCCGGCUGCUUGAGCGAAUGCACUGGUCUUGACACGAUGUGUGCUGGGCUUGCUUUUAGUAUAGCCAGCGCGCGCUGCUUUUAGUAUAGCCAGCGCGCGCGCCAUACAUGUACCAACACGAUUUUUACUUAUUGAAAGUCCAUCCGACUCAGCUCGUUAUACUUGUACGCUUGUAACAUUACAGCAGGUCACAGUGGAUGUUAGCUUUGUUCAACUUUAUAAGUCUGCCAACGGUAAGUGCCUCACCUCGGUCAAGGGCUAGGCUCUCAUGCAAGACUGUUCGAAAGACGGGGGCUGCAUGGUGAACAUCGAUCCGGGUUCAUCUUGUUAUACAAC